AUGGCUCAUUGCCCAGCUGUCGAUGUCCCAGAGGACCAACAGCUAUGGAUCUACUGUCCUUCAAAGGCAGGCGCCUAUGUAAUGACUAUUGUUUUUGCUUUGACAACCGUCGCCCAUAUUGCGCAAGCAUUCAUUCACAGGAAGCCAUACACCGUGGUCAUCAUCAUCGCAGGAAUUCUACAGACGUUGAGUUACAUCAUGCGCAUUCUCAGCAUUGAAAAUCCAACCAGCUUAGGGUUUUAUGCCAUUUCGUUGGUGUUGAUUUUGAUUGCACCGAUAUUCACAAAUGCGUUUGUUUACAUGGUUAUGGGAAGGAUGACCUGGAACUUCACCUCCAAGGCUAAAAUUGGCGGCGUGAGACCUUGGAGGCUAGGCCUUAUUUUUGUCCUCUUGGAUAUCCUGUCGUUUUUUGUCCAAAUUAUUGGAGGCAUCAAGGCAGCCAACCCCAAAGGUUCUACGGAAGCAGGUUUCCACAUCUACAUGGCUGGUAUCGCCAUUCAACAGUUAUUCAUCAUCAUCUUCUUCAUUUUUGCACUCUCUUUCCACAGAAUCAUGAACCACGAAGGAGGCAAGCCUAAGAUGGCAUACGCACUGCUGUACACCUUGUACCUGUCUUUGUUGUGCAUUACGAUUCGCGUCAUCUUCCGUCUUUGCGAAUAUGCCGAAGGCGCAAAGAGCCCCACGGUCUCCCACGAAAUCUACCAAUACCUGCUCGACUCCCUUCCGAUGCUCGUCGCUCUGGUUUCGUUCAACAUCAUCCACCCCGGCGUCGUCAUGCCUGACUUGCAAUGUUUGGCUUGCUUUCCUAAGAUUUGGUAG